GUUUUUUUAGAGCUGACGCUCAGCUGAUUGUGACGCGGCGUGGCUGUAGGAGGGGUGGCACGACCGAGAGACAGAUAUAGAAGCGUAAAUAAUAACCCGCACUGUCUCGUAAUUGACACAGCGCUAGGACGAAGUGUAAGAAAACAAUAGUCGCGCGAGACAUCCGUUAUAGUCAUCGGUCUUCGCGAAGAAAUCCGCACGAGCUGUCACGAGCACGGCGCAUUCUAGCGGCUGCCUAGGCAACACCAUUCCGCCUUGUUUAUUUAGAGAGCGGCCGAGGAGAGAAGAGAAGCGCUGGUCGGUCCUCCCUGGUGGACACUUCUAAAAAAGUGGGUACAGUGAGGCCUGGAAGACAUGGUGGAUUACUAUGACAUUUUGGGAGUGUCACGCAACGCCUCUCCAGAUGACAUCAAAAAAGCAUACAGGAAGCAGGCCUUGCGGUGGCACCCAGACAAGAAUCCAGACAACAAGGAGGAGGCAGAGAGAAAGUUCAAGGAAAUUGCAGAGGCCUAUGAAGUCCUGUCAGACAGAAGCAAACGACAAUCGUAUGAUUCUUAUGGCAAAAGUAGCAUGCCAAGCUCAGGCUCCAGUGGUAGCUCUUUUCCCGAUGACUUCCCUGGAUUUACCUUCACAUUCCGCAGCCCAGAUGAGGUGUUUCGGGAGUUUUUUAGAGGCCAGGAUCCAUUCGCAGACUUCUUUGGUGAUGAUUUCCCAUUUGGGGGCAUGCACAGUGGGAUGCACAGUGCUUUCCAUGGACACCAUGGCCCCUCCAGACUUGGGACCAGUCGCUUCUUCUCAUUUCCCUCAGCAGAUGCUGACUUCACCAACUUCUCUUCUUCCUCACUGGGAGGCUUUGGGACUGGAGGGGGGAAUUAUAAGUCUGUGUCCACUUCCACACGGAUUGUCAAUGGGAAGCGUACCACAACAAAAAAGAUCCGAGAGAAUGGACAGGAGAGAACAGAGAUUGAGGAAGAUGGGGUUCUGAAGACUGUCCUAAUUAAUGGUGUGGAAGACGAGGUGGCUCUAGCUGUGGAACUUAGCCGGAGAGAGCAGUCUAGCCAGCCUCAGUGGACAGAACAGCAUCGGCUCACCGCCAACACUACCCACUCUAAUUUGCCCAAUCACGACCCACGAAACAGCACACAGCGAUCCUUCAGCUCCACCCCUUUCUUCAAUUGCGCGAGUGACAACGAAGAGGUGGAUGAAGACCUACAGAUGGCAAUGGCAUGCAGCCUGUCAGAGAUUGAAGCCCAGCAGCGGGCAGCCGCCUCCACCCAAGACAUAAUCUCAGGUGCCAGGGGAGGGCCGGGCAAGCAGAUGAAAGGGAGUGAUGCUAAUCAUGAGAUUAGAUCAGUGAGGGAGGGGAUACAUGAAUCAGCACAUGAAUCAGUACAACGCACUUGUUUAGCUUCUGAGGAGAAAGUACCAGGGAAGGGACCAGAAGGAUUAGAAAAAAGCGCCAGCCCCGAAGGAGUACUUUUAGAAGACAGAAAGGGAGAAGAAAAUGUUGCAAAUGGUACUUCUGUGAAGAAACGCAAAAGGUGUUCAUGUCAGUGUGUGAUGUGUUAAGUUGAAGAUAGAAGUAGUCCUGAGUCUUAGAACAGAGAAAGGACAUGCUGUUAAACAUUGCUGCAUGAUAUUCUCAGUUUUAAAUAUAUUUAUGGCUGCUGUGUUGAUCUUAACCAUAUCUGAAGUUUUGUGUAGCCUGUUAAAAGAGGUAUCUUGGCCUUUGUUUCCCUAGAGGGUAAGCCAGGUUGAUGCUAAAUUUUUUCUUAAAUUUUAAUGUGAAUACCAGGACUGGUACUGAUUUAUCACAGAGAGAUUAGAUGCUUCAGAAGUGGCUAAGUGUACUAAAGCAGUGUAAUAACAAGUCAUAUAUCUAUACAGUAAGUAAUUGCUUUGUGCAAGUCAUGAUUGAUAUAUAAUUCGGUUGGUUUGUUUACUGUUGGCUUAUUCGUUUUUUAUCUACUAUAAUAUUGCAACUGACAUGAUGCUGAACAAUUCAGUAAUAACUGCUCUCGUACAGUAUUAUUUAGAUUAUUGGGUUUAGAGGAUUGCAGGCAAGGCAUAUUUGCAGAUGUUAAGACUCUAAUUAAGUAACAAAAUACAAACAAAAACAAACACAGUUAAACUGAACCCGAACUGACUACAAUAGAAACUAAAAUAGUAAUGACAGGGCAACAGUUGUGAGACACUGACUAAAAAAACAGCAUUCUAAAUGCCUAUACAAAUUAGGCCAAUAAAGUAGAUGCAGGUGAAAAGAAUUGACAAGUGCAACGAAUGAUGUCCACCAUGAACAAGAAGUACAGAAUGUCUCUGGGCACAAGGCGCCUUCUAGUAGUUAUCCUUGACAUAAACCCUCCAAAAAAGGAGGGCAUACACAAAUGCCUCAAUCCCCGGAGGCGAAGAAGUAGCAGCUACCCUUGGUACCAGAGAACACUGCAAUACUAGGCAGGGAGGGUGCAGUAUCUGGCUGUAACACUGUUGGAAAUGACUCGGGAAGCUCAGGUAGGUUAGGGCUUGGCUCAAGAGGUGCAGGGGUUUUCCAACAAAACUGUCAUAAGUCCCAGAGCAUUCAUGAUUUUCAGAGGAGACUGGGCCUUUAGAAGAGCCAGAGCCUGCAACAGGGUUAACAGAGCAGAAAAGGCUUUUCACAAGGUUAACAGCAAACAGGUAUUUCAAUAGGGCUAAUAAAGCAAACAGGGCCUUCAACAGGGCUAACAGAGAAGAUAGUCUUUGCCUACCGCUCUCCAUCAACACACGGUCUGGGGUUUCUCCUCUCCCUGGACCACGCAAUGCCAUCUUUGUGGUCGAUGUGGGUUGCCAUGUCACUCUGAGCUUUGACACGCUGUGUCUCGAAGGGCACGCACUUUAUCACAAGCCAGGAGCCCUCUCGGCUCGGCUCGGCUCGGCUGCUCGCUCACCUCUUCCAGUCUUCUUCCGGGAUGCUAUGCGGGGUCUCACUUCUAUCUCUUUCACGUGCUCCGCUAAAUCUUUCACAAAAUCAUGAACAAGAAAUGCAGAAAGUCUUUGGACACACAAAGUCUCUGCUAGGGAUUAUCCCUGACACAAAUUAAAAACUGAAUGUGAACUUGUGUUGUUAGUCAGUUGUUAAAACAGCACUUCUAAGUUAGUAUCUGCCAUACUAUCCCAAUUAAAAUGAGGGUUAGUUGAAGAUAGUUGGGUGUUUUUGUUUUUUUUGGAGUGUUUGGAGUUCUUUUUAAAUGACAGUGUUAAUUAUGGAGAUAAAAUUUCUCAAAAGUUGAUGAAUUUAUUUAAAAAAAUAACGCUAUUUUGAAUAUUUAUGAAUGUAUACUCAGAUUGCAAAAACAGGCUGAUUUGGGCUAAGUCGUCUGUGUCUAAAGAUGUUCGUGCAGUAAUGCCAUGCCUCUUAUGCUUAAUGUUAUUCAUCAUAAUGAUGUGAUAAAUCACCUCUUGUGCUCUACCUACAAUCAGUCCAUGGGGGACUAAAUAGCACUUGAUUCAAGUGCAGUGACUGUCUGUUUAUGAUGAAGAUUCGAAAGGGAGCUUUUGUUAAUAAAUAUCUGGUAGAAUGUUGAAGGUGUAUAUCAGAAUGAAUCAUGUGGUGUAAAUGUUUAGUGCCUUGAGAAUGUUAAAUUUGAUGUGCCAAUUAUUGUCAGUAUUGCUGAAUGUGGAGACAAGUCAACUGUUUUCACUUCUAUUUUUGAUUAUAUACUGUACAUGAUUAGCAGGUAUCAACUGGAACAUCAGUUCUCUUAUAUGCAAUACACACAAUGUUAAAAAGCCAAAAAAAUAUAUGAAACACAUAUUGUUUUCUGACAUAUUAUAUGAAUAUUAUCAUGUUUUUUGUAACACUGUUUGUUUUAUUGAUGAUUUAUAAUGAAUGAAAGUCUUGGAAUGGAAAGUAUGGAGAGCUCUGGUUUAAAUAUAAAUAUAAUAUUCUCAUUUUAUUUUUUCAAGUGUGUUUAAUUAUUUUUGAUUUGCCUGGAUUUGUCAGCAUUAAGUAACAAUAAACCUCAGAGAACAAAUUCUAUAUUUGGUUAAACAAUUUUUUGUACAGGCGGGCACGGUGGCUUAGUGGUUAGCACUGUCGGCUUGCACCUCCAGGGUCCGGGUUCAAUUCCCGGCCAGGUUCGAUUCCCACCUCUGUGAGCAUGGAGUUUGCAUGUUCUCCCUGUGCUUGGUGGGAUUUCUCCCACAGUCCAAAGACAUGCAGAUUGGGCUAAUAGGCGUUCCUAGAUUGGCUGUAGUGUGUGAAUGGGGGUGUGUGUCUGGCUCCAGGCCUGCGUCUGUAUACAGGAUAAAGCAGUAUAGACAAUGAAUGAGUGAGUGAGAAGUCUUUGUACAAAAUGUACUAUAUUUUCAACCCUAAUAAUGCUUUUCAACAUUGGCAGAGGCUUUUUUUGCAUUCCCUUAUAUACUGAAACCUAAAAGUUACCCCAGGAUUUGUGUGCAAGAAACAUGUCACUAAUUUUUUUUUUAUUGUAAUUCUAACUCUAAGAUUUUAAUUUGUUUCCUAUUUCUUUAGACUAAAACAGAUUAUUCUUGUAGUUUGUUAUUACAAACCCAUUUGUCUGUUUUGGUGCCACACUUUAUCCUUUCAUAAUUAGUCCUGUUGUUCUAUGUAUCUUUUUUGCAUCUUAAUUUAUUUGUGAUCUGGUGUGUU